AUGGGACGCGACGAAACAAGAAUCUACGUCGGCAAUUUGCCUCCAGAUUGUCGUGAGAGAGAUAUUGAAGAUAUUUUUUCGAAAUAUGGAAAAAUCCGAUUUGUCGACAUAAAAGGUGGACGAGGACCUCUUUAUGCAUUCAUCGACUUCGAAGACCCACGCGAUGCCGAGGAUGCGGUCCGUGGGCGAGAUGGAUACGAUUUUGAUGGAUCGCGUAUCCGCGUUGAGUUUACGCGUGGAGUUGGACCGCGUGGUCCUGGAGGUCGACCAUUGAAUGGCGGUAGUGGCCGUGGAGGAUAUGGUGGCUAUGGUGGAGAUUUUGGUAGUAGCCGUGGACGUGGCGGACCACCUAAUCGCCGUUCCAACCACCGCGUUAUCGUAGAAGGCCUUCCACCAACUGGAUCAUGGCAGGAUCUCAAGGAUCAUAUGCGUGAGGCCGGAGAGGUUUGCUACGCCGAUGUGGCACGUGAUGGAACCGGUGUUGUGGAAUUUAUUCGUUUUGACGACAUGAAAUAUGCAGUGCGAAAAUUGGACGACACAAAGUUCCGCUCGCAUGAGGGAGAGACGGCUUAUAUUCGCGUGCGUGAAGACACCACCGCAGGCGGUGGAAGUUUCCGCGAUCGAUCCAGGUCACGCAGUCCUCGUCGAUCAUCUCCAAAGUAUAGCCCGCGUCGUUCUGUCUCUCGAUCACGAUCUCGCAGUCUUUCGCGCGACUAA